CUCUAAUCCCCACGCAACCGCUCAGGGGAAGCUGCCAAUGGUCGGUCUGUUUAAUUAACUCAACCAGGUCGAAGCAUGAGCUCCCGCCCCCGCUUCACGUCUUCAUUUAGGAAUACACUCAAGACGACCACAAUCCGCUCUGUAAAGUGGAUAACCUGCCCUUGGUUUUGGCCCACACGCAAAAGUCUGGACGAUGAAUCUUGCCAUAUGAACAGAGGAGAUUUUCGACAUAAAAGAUGAUGUCUGGUACUCCGACAGGUUCGACCUUUUCGACAUUCUUUCCUUUACCGAGUCUUCGUCGCUCACUUUGGUCGUUUUCAUCCUUCCAACAUGCAUCUCAGUUCUGCAAUCUUGUUCGCCCCACUGGCCUGCUUGGUGGCUGGCCAAGGCCAUCUCGCUGUCAUAGGCGAAGAUGGUGUCUCUGUUGGUUACAAAGUCGGCUCUCCAGAAAUCGCAGUACCAUUGGACGACUCUGGGAAGAACCUGGUCGGAACAAGUUCAGUAGCCGCCGGGCUACCCUUGCAGUCGCAACCCAUCAAGGCCCAUACACCAAUCGUUCCAGCUAUACCAACAGGUCAGACUUCCGGACCAGUCACAGUCAUGGUCUCGACGCCUCAGGAGGAGCCUGGCAACGUACGUCCAGUCAGUCAACCUGCUACUCGACCUACACAUGUCAAUGUACAACCCUCGUCGAUCGGAACACCAAUCGGCCACUCUAUUGGUAGUAAGCCUCCUGGCGCUGAACCAGGAAAGGAUCCCUCGCGUUCGCACGGUAUCUGGUUCCUGAACAGAAAUGCGAUCACGCAACACCUCAGUGCGGAUUGGGCUGAGAAAGACUAUGCGCGGUACGGCAAGCACCCGGUACUCGACUUUCAAACCCUGGAGCUGAACCCUGGAGAGGAUUACUUCGUACGAGCAUUGCCUCAUCUCAGUCCGAAGAUAUUCGUAGGCGUCUCUCCUAACAACAAGACUUCAAGGGUCGGAAGCCAUCGUGAUCAUGACACCGUUGUGGAAGCAACCUUCGAUUCAAGUUAUGAUCUGACAUAUUACGACAUUGACGUUGAAAAGGGUUUCUCUUCACCGGUCUGGUGUCACGCACAAGGUGAACCAUGGGAGAAGGGUCAAGGUUGCACCACAGACGUCCUUGCGGUGUGCCCUGAAAAAGACCAACACAUUCACGAAGACACCGGUUUAUACGAUCAAUGCCGUGGGCUCGCGCAGAAUCCCGCAUUCGGCCGUCACCACUGUCCUCAUACUUACGUCCAAUGGAACGAUGACUGGAACACAAAAGGCAUGAGUAAAGGAAACCAUGUGCUUGUCUGUACCAUCAUGCCAACCCCGGCUACCAGCAAGCUUCAACUUAGUCAGAUUGAUGAAGCUGCUAGGAAAGCGGAAGAUGGUCUCCAUCCUACUGCCGUCUUGCCCAGACGCGCCCUGCCACGCAGUCACAGAAAGCACAAGCAACACUCUGGACAUGUCCAAAUGCUGCUGGAGCUGGGAAGCGCGGCCGAACUGUGCUGAGCUUUCCGCCCUAUCUUGAAUUGUGUUGGUGUCCAUCCGAGUCGAUAUCUCUCUUCUAUCGACGUCAAAGUCUUCUUCAGUUGGUGGUGUUUUGACAGUAUUAGUACAUCUAGUAAAAC